AAGAGGAAGAAAAAACUGCAGUGUGUGAGUGUGUGUGGUUUGCAUCCCUCCCCUGAGCAGAUCUUUAUCAAUUUGACUUGAUAGGUGCCUCUGUGUGUGUGUGGAGUUUACAGCAGGACAGAGCAAAGGUGUGUCCUUAAGGCUGUGUUAAGACCUAUUCUAUCUGAAAGUGGAAAUAAGACAGAGUAAAGGGACACUGAUUGUUUUCCUUUCUAUUCUCGAAGUGUGUUGGUGCCCAAGGAGGACGGCUCAGUGCCCAGUGGAGAGCAAGCCACUCACAAAAGGAUUUCCGGCUGUCAACAUUUUCACUGUGAAUACCGCCAGCCACUCUACACAAUUCAACAUUUGGCUGGACUUUGUGUGCAGCCUAAAUGACUAAGUGGAACUUGUUCAAGCACCAGACAACGCCAAUGGUCGCUGCCAAGCCAACAGGGGCCAGUGCCUUGACUGUGACUCCUGCCCCUGUCGCUCUCGUCUCUGCAGACAACUCAACCGAGCCGGUCAACAAGAACGAUGCCUUCGAUGAGAUCAAAAACAAGUUUCUAAAUGAAAUUGAUAAGAUCCCAUUGCCGUCCUGGGCCAUCAUUGCCAUAGCUGUGGUCGCUGCUUUACUUAUUCUAACGUGCUGCUUCUGCAUCGUCAAGAAAUGUUGUUGCAAGAAGAAGAAGAACAAGAAGGGAAAGAAGGGGAAGGGUGACGUGGGGAUGAAGAACCUUAAAGGAGGAGAGAAACAACAGGAUGAUGACGAUGAAGAGGACGAUGUCGAACCUGGAUUGACUGGAGACGAGAAAGAAGAAGAGGUGAAGGAGAAGGAGAAGCUUGGGAAGCUGCAGUAUUCCAUUGAUUACGACUUCCAGGAGAACAAGCUGACAGUGGGAAUCCUACAAGCAGCUGAUCUCCUCUCUAUGGACAGUGGUGGCACCUCUGACCCCUACGUCAAGGUCUUUGUUCUCCCAGACAAGAAGAAGAAGUAUGACACUAAGGUUCACAAGAAAACACUCAAUCCUGUCUUCAAUGAGACUUUUGUCUUCAAGAUCCCAUUCCAAGAGAUGGGAGGAAAGACUCUGGUUAUGUCGGUCUAUGACUUUGAUCGCUUCUCCAAACAUGAUGUCAUCGGUGAAAUUAAAACACCCAUGAACACCCUUGACCUGGCAAAGCCGAUCGAAGAGUGGCGAGACUUGGACAGUGCGGACCAAGAAGAGCCGGAGAAGCUGGGUGACAUUUGCAUCUCUCUGCGCUAUGUCCCCACUGCUGGCAAGCUCACAAUCUGCAUUCUGGAGGCAAAGAACCUGAAGAAAAUGGACGUGGGUGGUCUUUCAGAUCCCUAUGUGAAGAUUAACUUGCUGCAGAAUGGGAAGAGGCUGAAGAAGAAGAAGACGACAGUGAAGAAGAACACAUUAAAUCCUUACUACAAUGAGUCCUUCAGCUUUGAGAUUCCUCUCGAGCAAAUGCAGAAAAUCCAAGCUGUAAUCACAGUGCUGGAUUACGACAAGAUCGGCAAGAACGAUGCCAUCGGGAAGAUCUGGGUAGGCAGCAAGUCCACCGGUGCAGGGCUGAAACACUGGUCCGACAUGUUGGCCAACCCACGACGUCCCAUCGCCCAGUGGCAUCCACUGCAGCCCGAGGAGGAGGUGGAUGGUGCCCUCGCGGCCCUGGCUGCUAAGAAGUAAACCCCCUGCCCCACGCUGUCCCCCAACUACCCACACGUUUUCCCAUCAUUCCUGCAGGUCCCACAUGUCUAUGUAUAUUCCGGACCCAAAUGUACAUCUCGCCCACUGCCCUGCCAUCUUUCAAAAGAUCCAUACAUGAUGUCAAAUAGAGCUAAAAAAAAAGCAUCAUGUUAUAUAAAAUCAUGUCAUUGAAAAAAAAAAGACGACAAGUUACAGGAUGAACAGAUACUUUGUUGAUUUCCUUUAGAUCUAUUUUUGUAUUGAGGUUGUAGUUCUGUUACUGAGAGUGCAGCGUCGACUAGAAAAGAACAGUUAGAGCGCUAAACAGCAAUCUGGUGAAAAAGGGGAUUAAACAUCCAUUCAUUGAUAUUGUAACCCUCUACCCUUAGUGACACAGUCUGCUUAGAAUAGUGCUUAAUAAUAAAAUGCUUUAUACUGCCAUAUAAUAGAGGAAUAACACAAGCAGGUCCAUUCCUUGGGUGUUCAUGCACCGCGCUCCACACCUGCCACUUAUCUUACUCGACCAUUUUGUUAGUACAUUCCUAGAGUUGGGUAGCGAAUAGUGGUAGGCACAUAUCCAGUUACCCACAAGACACACUGCCUUUUCGAUUAGUUCACCUUUCGCCCAUCGUCUCAGGAAUACUGAGAGGAGACCCCACGCCUUUUGUUCUACAAGAGUUGUUUGGCUCAAAACAGAGUAGUUGGCCACAGAGGGCUUCUUUUUUUUCUCUUAAGUUUGAGGGAUGAAGGAGACUUUGUGUUAUUGUGUGUCCUUGACUGUGCGAAGCAUCAAAUCAAGGGAAUAUCCGACAGACUGACUCCAGCCAUCAAUGAUGUGAUAUUUUACACGGUGCCGGUGACCGCCUGCCGUCCACCACCUCUUUGUCCCAAUUGUUCAGUGCUACUGCCAUUAGUCAUGGACUCCACACACACGUCUUACAGUCAUAAAGGAGACAAGCCUUCCAAGUAUCAGAAUAAGCAAUUCUCAACUACCAGGGACGCCUUCCGCUUCGUGGUGUUGUUCUCUUCAUUUGUCACGUCCUUUCUAUCACAUGUUUUCCCUUGUUUUAUUCAAAACAAAUUCAUUCCUCAAGCACUUUAACUCAAAAUGUUACAUUCAAACAGAGCUUUAACGAUUGAUUUUACAAUAGUUAUUUAUGUGGCAAUUAAUGGAGUGUUUUUUAUUUUACUUGCCUCAGAUUUUUGUGUGUUUUUCAGCGGAUUGCAACUGGUAAUUGCAACUGUAUCAAACAGUUAAAGUGAAUUGUACUAAUUUAGUUUUUGUUCUUAUUUUGGGGGCUGAAAUGUUUUUUGUGGCAUCAGUGCUGCUUUUUGGCUCUGUACUUGUUUAGUUCACUGUAAUAAUAAGAGACCAAAAUGUACAGUAUCAAUACUAAAUAUCGGUUAAUUGAUAAACAUCAACCCAUAGCAAAAACUACCAGUUGACUGAGUUUAAAGGGGAACUGCACGUUUUUUGGAAUUUUGCCAAUCGUUCACAAUCAUUAUGAGGGACAAGAAGACAUACACAUUUUUUCUAGUGCGUUCUAACUCGUAAAUUAACGUAGAUAAAAGUUUGCUUACAAUGGAGUCAAUGGAAGGUCCUCAUAAAUACCUGUAAAAAAACAUCCAAAAAAUGCCAAUAAUACUCCAUUUACAUAUCAUGACCUGAAUAUUAACCAAGUAUUAGUGACAUUGUUAUUAUAAGCGCUAACAUAGACAAACUAUUUAUAGCGGCAACGUGAUCGCAGAGAGCUCACUAGCUUGUGCUGCUAUAUGGACAUCAUCGGCUGGUGAGCUGCUUUGUCGCCUCAGAGCUGGUAGAAGCUUAUUCUAGAUCAUUAAUAUUGUCCCUCACCUUUAUAGUAGAAGGAUGAGGACAUAACCCAACAAGUUGGUCAACUUUGGCAUCCAAUUAAAACUCGGUAAUGGCGAGAAAGACAUGAAAAGAUGGCCCUUUUUUCUUCGUGAGGAUUAUUCUUUAUUUAAACAGGAAAUAUAUGAACAUAUGACAUAGUGACAGCAGACAUUGUAAAGUAAGUGAUGUUUAAUUUUGUUUGUUGUCUCUCAUGAAGUCUGCAGUGAGUAAUAAUCAUUGAUAUUGUUGAAAGAAAAAGCGAACGUAUGAAAUUAAUGUGUUGCGGUAUGCUUAAAAUGAUCAAAAUACGUAAAUAUUAAAUGUUAUUAUGAAUGUGCCUGUUACUACAUUUCAUAUAUACUUAUAUCAUGUAUACACAACCUUGAUAGAGGUGUUUGGAUGUUUUUUUAAGCGCUUUACAGGCUCCAUUGUAAGCAGAUUUUUGUUCGUAUUUAUUUCCGAGUUAGAAGGCAUAAAUAAAGAAAAACGUGUGUGCUUGUCUUACAUAAGGAUUGUGAAUGAUGGGCAAAAUUCCCCAAAAAGUGUAGUUCCCCUUUAAGUCAAUGUGAAUCAAAUGAUGUUUGGAAUUUUAACACGUUUCACUAUUUUCUUUCUUUGUGUGUGUGCGUGUGUGUGUUGACAACACUAAAAAAAAUAAGGCGACAUGGAAGCAAUCGAGCAACCCAUUAGUGUAGUUUUGCCUAUAUACAUAGUUCAUCCACGUUGAUACUGCAUGUUUAUACAAAAAUACUGUACAUAAGAGCAUGUUUUAGAGACGGAGCAAAAAUAUCUUGUGUACUUAAAUGGGUGUCAUUUGUCAUUUUAUUAACACAACAACAAACAAAAAAGAUGCACUGUAUAUUUUCUAAAUGAAAUGUGUAUUUAUUUUUCAUGAGGGUCAUUGGAGAGAAUGUCAUCCAGAUGUUAGAGUAAUACUACUGCUAAUUCCUAUAGGAACCUUUCCAACGCCUGAGAUUCUUAAGCAAGUGUGUCGUCCAGUACCGUGCGUGAGUUCAUGUAGGAUGAAAAUGUAGCCGCAUGCUUGCUAUCUUGACUCCUUGUGGUCCGAUUAUUCUAUUUAUUUUGUGUCAUGUUCAACCGUACUGCCAUACAUAUGUUGAUCUGCAGUUUUAUGUAUGGAACAAGGGUCUCCAAGUCUCCAACACAGUUUCCUAAAAAAAAACCUGCAUUGCAAUCUGUUAUAAUAAUAUAAGAGUGAAACAAUCGGCAUAUUGUAGUGGUUGUGCCAGUGAUUGAUCCAUGAGAAAGUCAGCAGGCUCAUUUCUCCCUCCAACGGGGCCAAAAUAACAAACCAUUCCUGUAAACACAAGUGACUUGGAAUCCCUUUUUCCCCGCCACACUAUGUUUACUCUUUUAAAUGUUUCCCACUUUAAACAACCUUAAACUCUUUGCAGCUAUUUCUGCUACUGUUUUAUUAUACAAUACUGUACGUGUAAACAAUAUAAAUGCUAAAACUAAAGCCAUAAAACUCAAGCACUAACUCUUUAUAGCUCAGCUGAGUAGAUAUUCAGUAAGAAAAAAGAAAAAAAAAAUCAUUUUUAUCGGGCCAGAGUUUGUCAUUGCGUUGAGAGGUGUGGUAGAGAUUCAUUUAACAGAGAUGUGAGCAUCCCAAAAAGUUUCUUAGGGCGUGUGUGUGCACGUGUGUGUGCGUGUAUUUAUUUAUUUUUACCUUUGUAAAUCUGAUUAUAUUCAUCAUCAAUGUGAUGCCAUGCCUUCCAUAUUGGUGAACAGCGGGGGAUUUGCUUUUUUGGGAUGAGUGCAAUUUAUCAACCAAACCAUCAACUUUUUAGGUUAGCCUAAUGUUGACGAACACAGCUAACAGAAUUGGGUUUUGAAUUUGGGGUUUACAUUUUUAUAAAAUAUCUGAUAUGAUAGUGGUAGCUUAGCAUAUAUUAGCA